GUAAACAGAGUUCAUCUUUUAGUAAGCAUGUGCGGCUCUUAUCCAAAGCUGGGCCAGACUCUGGUCCUGCUGUGCUCUCCUGUUGGAUCUCUGACGUGAAGGAAAUGCUGUCCUUUAAGGAUGUGGCCAUUGAUUUUUCUCCAGAAGAGAGGGAAUGCCUGGAGCCUGCUCAGUGGAAUCUGUACAGGGAUGUGAUGCUGGAGAAUUACAGUAACCUGGAUUUCCUGGGUCUUGCUGUUGCUAAACCGUACUUGGUAACGUUUCUGGAGCAAAGCCAAGGGUCUUCAGGUGUGAAAAGCCAAGCAGCAGCCACCAUCCCUCCAGGAACAACAGACAAUGAAUUUAACAAUCACAAGGAGGCCAUUGAUCACAACUCU